CUAUACGAAUACCCACCUACACAUCCUUGUCAAUUAUCACACUUUAACAGACCAAUACAACAGGAGUCAAAAGUAAUGGCAUCAAUUCAAACACAGACGUGCCUGGCUUGCAGAACAAAGUACCAGAUACAGACUCAUGACGAAAAUAGAAUCGAGCAUAUGUGCCAUAACCGAAACAACCAGUUAAUGUUAGAAAACUCACCAAGCACAUCUGGUCAGUUAGCACAUAAUAUAUCAAGCUCUUUUAAGGUAGAUGAUACAACGAAAGGCAAGAAACGUCGUUGGACGGAUACAGCUUCGUCUGAAUACGAUAGUGAUGACGCAUUGCGUAAGAACAGUAGAACAAAUGAAUAUUCCGAUGUUUCAUUUCAACGUUCCGGUAGAAAGGAGAAGACAAAAAGGUACAAACACUAUAAACAAAGUGAAACACUUGCCCCUUGGGAAAAGGUUGAUAAGGGCUUCAUCAUAAGUCUCAUUAAGAGAUUACUUCCACUCGGAGGCCAUAUGCUGACGGAGAAUGAAUAUAAUUUGUUUAUGUACCACACUGUAUCCAUUAUUACAGCAAAGACUGGUAAGCCUAAAAGAAUCGUUACAUCCAUCAAAACCGAUGACUUCGAUGCGGUAAAGGUACUGAAAACUAAACAAGGGCAUGUAAGCUAUACCAUUGAUAGCGAAGCAGCUUUACUUACGCUCGGUCAAGAUGAAUGGGAUUGCCUUAAACUAUAUGCCGAACAUGCUCGAGAAAGUGUUCUGAAAAGACUGAAGACGGAUGAAAGUAAAUUGGCUGACAUGGAAUAUCUGUUCAUUAACUUUAAUGGGCAUGCGAUUAUUGAACAGCCUUGUAAAGUACAUGAAAUGAGCAAUGUAAAUGAAGAGGCCUCUGCCUCCAUCGCAGAUACCACACAGGACAAUUCUACUAAAACAGAGUAGUAGCUGACGAAAUGACUGUAAUUUGAAGAUGUAGAGCAAAAAACAACAAUCAGAUUUACAAAAUUACAAUGAAAUGUGCAUAAAAAUAAAAACAACUAUACAUUUAUAGGAAUCAAUAUAGAUUAAGCAAUAUUUCUACCAAUUUAUUCAUGUUGUAUGGUCCGCAUUGCAUGGUAACAUCUUCCUUUAGCCCUGAUACCAUUUCUUUUCUCGAUGAGCUAAAUACACAUUAAAAGGUAAAACUGCCGUGUAUACAAUGACAGCAAAAGUAUCUGUAAUGCUGUAAGAUGCAGUGUUCUCACGGGUAGUGUAAACUCGAGGUAAAAUGUAAAAUGUAGCGUUCAUGAAUGAAAAUAGUUCAAAUUAUAUCUGUUGCAUGGUACAAAGUGUUAUCCUUUGUACUCAUUUACCAGUAAACAAUGAAUGUUUGAUCUUUCACUGUGAGUUCACUAGAUAUAUUUCAUUCUAAUACGAGUAAUACACCGAAAAUAUGUAUUACAAAUAUCCCUUUCAUUUUGCUUAUGUGCAAAAGUUUCAUACUUGUUUAAGUUCCAUUUUUUGAUAAUAUUAUUAAAAAUGAGAAAUAUAGGUACAUGCGUCAUUCAUUAUAAAUUAUUUUAGACAACAUUAUGAGAAAUAAAAGACAUAUUAUAGGAGUAUAAAAAAUUUAAGUUUGUUUAAUAAGGUCAGUGAUGAAAUAAAAUUCAAUCCGACUUCUUUUCCACUUUUUUUUUCGAAACGAGGUCAUUUUGUUUUUAGAACGACUACUAAAGACAUAUCUAUGCAAUGGUUUUAAUAAAUAGGGUUUAACUAGGUAAGUGAGACCGCCAUGAAAUGUAGUUUCAAUUACCACAGGAAGUCAAAUCACCAAAUUCACAUUAGGCAGCUUAUAUUGGCUAUAUAUACAUAAGCUGCGCAUUAUUUUCUAAAGAAUUCUUUAAGGCAUAUACACAUGUACCUAGUUUGUGGGUAAUUUUAACUUCGGAAAAUACCGAAUGUCUGGAUAUGCGAUUAAUUGUAGUUCAUACAUUCAUACAACAUUCGUACAUUCAUGUACUCACUCAACAUUGGUACAUGUAUUCAUGUAAUCACUCGGUCAGUUACUAAAUGUUCGAGCAUUCAUAUACUCACUCAAUAUCCAUACAUGUUUUAUGUAAUUACUCGUUAAUUUACUCAACAUAUUCACUCGGUCACUAACUCAACAUCCGUACAUUCAUGUACUCAAUUGGUCAGUUAUUCAACAUCCGUGCAUUCAUGUACUCAUUCAACAUCCGUACAUGUAUUAAUGUACUCACUCGGUCAGUUACUCAACAUCCGUGCAGUCAUGUACUCAUUCAACAUCCGUACAUGUAUUAAUGUACUCACUCGGUCAGUUACUCAACAUCCGUGCAUUCACGUACUCAUUCAACAUCCGUCCAUGUAUUAAUGUACUCACUCGGUCGGUUACGCAACAUCCGUGUAUUCAUAUACUCACUCAACAGCAGUACAUAUAUCAUGUACUCACUCAGUCAGUUACUCAACAUUCAUGCAUUCAUAUACUUUCUCAACUUACUCACUUGAUUUGGAACUUACAGCUUUUACCUAGUUUCGUCUUGAACAGACAUCUUAUUUAUGUGCGUUGUACAAAAAACAAAUUUGAAUAUGUAUAAUGUCUCUUGUAGUUCUAGUUAUAAUGUUUUAUGCUGUGUGUAAAUUUAUAUGUUUGUAAAUGAAUGAGACGUAAAUAUACUAUAAAACUACUUUGUUUUGCAGACACUCAAUAUGGAACAAAUAUGUUGUGUUGACAUUUAAGAAAAUAAUUACAGAUUUUACAGAUUACAAUUUAGAUAUGUCUUGUACAUUUCCUUGAAAGAUUUAAGAUAUCCGAUCCACAAGGAGAUAAAAUGUCGAUGUUUUUGGUAUCAUUUGAAAGAAUUGUGUCUGCUGAACAAAAUUAUAUUACCGUACAAUAUUCCGGACAAUAGGCCGCGGCCUAUACGUUGAAAAAGUGAAAUUUUCAGGGGUGCGGCCUAUGCGUCGAAGCGGCCUAUACGUCAUUUUACUUUUUUCUAAAUGGGCCUUUCAUGCAGCCUGUACAACAGUUUUAAUAUUUCACUUGCAUUUUGAAAGUUGUUGAAAUUCAACUGGAUAAUCAAGUAUCGAUUUCAGAUAAUUUUCUCUUUCUCGUCGGUGUAGCCAUAUUUUGCUUAAUAUCCGAUCGAAUCAAGUAAAAUGUAAAGAGUACAGAAUGGACAAUUUUGCCGAAAGGGCCUUUGAAAACAGCUCACGAAAACUUACAUUCGGACUCAACAGUUCACUGCAUUAGAUGGAUUUACAAGUAUGAUUACCUGUAAAUACAAUCCAUUACAAUGACUAUUUAUCGAGAACAUUCUUUAUACGACAUGGUCAUGUUCGCCGCAUUGUGGUGUAUAGGCCGCGGCCUUUUAUUUCUGAAAUAGUUAAAAUAUACGACUGCGGCCAAUACGGUGCAGCAGCCUAUUGUCCGGAAAAUACGGUAGUAAAUAUUAAGAUGACCAUAAUAAUUUGCACGAAUCAUUACAGUCAUGUUUUUGCCUGGGAAAUGAUAAAUCUUACACUGUUAUUACUGAAUUUCUGUUAAAGCAUCAUGAUCGAAAAAGUAAAAAAAAAAAAAAUAUAGCAUAGAUUUGUCAUGUGAUUUAUAUUUUCUUUUCCAGCCAGUAGUCAGCUUUCCAGACAUCAAUAUACUAGUAUUUUAAUAUAUUAAUAGCACUUUUAUAUGGAACUUGUUAAUUUGUAGACCAACCUUAAGACUAUUUACAUUGAAUAUAGUAAAUUGUUCUAAGUGUUUUAUUAAUGUAUCUUUGAGAAAUGAUGUGUUGGGUAUUGUACAUAUAGUAAUGCCUGUACGUUGAUCUCACAUUGUACAUUUUCAUGAUUGGUUGAAAAAGUCUUCAUUUCCAUAAAGCAGAUCAUCAGUGCCUCAAAGUGUUGACUUUGUUAUACGUUACUAAACAUUUCGACUUUCAAGUAUGUAACUGUCACAGUUUAUGUAUAGCUCCUGGUCAAGAUUAGGUACUCUGUAACCUGUAUAGCCCUCGGGUUAACCUACAGGUCGUGCAGCGUUCGCACGUAAAGAUUAAAAGAUUCUUUCACUGAUUGUAGGUGCAGAUGGGAAUAUCCGGCCUCGAAGGUAACAGUUUAGGCGGUAACGAGGCUCCCAGCCGAGUUACUGCCUAAACAGUUACCCGAGAGCCGGAUAUUUCCGUCUGCACCUAUAACCAGAGACAGAAUCUUUUUCUUGCAUACCGAUUUCGAGAAAUAAUAACAACAAAAAAAUCAAUCGAACGGCUUUCUUGUUAGAACUAUUUCUUAUGGCAGUGUAUUUAAACAAAGCGCGGGAAACCAACGUCCGUAAACAGGAAGGACGUCAUGACGCUUCGAAACAAACAACAAUGUUUAGUUCCGGUUUUGUAUUAUCAGUUGCAGCGUAACAUUAUGAAUUUUUGAUAAAAAAACGUGAUUUGAAUCGAGAAAUAUACUAUCAGGAACCAAUAGGAACUGUCAAGGUAUUGAAUUUUUAUUCCGUUUUUUAAAGUAAAAUAUAAAUUACUACAUAAAUUUUCUACAUAUACUGUAUGUAGUUCGUUAUAUGUCAUUUACAGCACGAGAGUCAUCUUACACCCCGGGGUGUAAGAUAGAUUUUUCCAGCACCGGUAAAGAUACCAGAAAUCCCCGUCUGGUAUGCAAGAAGUUACUAUUUUAAUCUAGUUUUAGCUCAUAUCGCAAAAAUAUUAGACAUGAAUGUGUGGCUAUGUGUCUUAUGUACCCUACGUACGCAACUGGUAAUUUCGAAUUUCGAAUUACUAACUUUAAAUUUCUACUAAGUAUCUCGAAAUUAAGACAUACGUAAUUCGAAAUUUCGAGUCUGGCACUAAUGCUCUUUCUUUCUUGUUGCAGGUUUGCAAGAAACUGCGAUAUAUUUUACUUAUUUUCUGUUUGCUCACUUUUAAGCUACAUGUAUUCAUAUUUCUAUGUAUUUAUGACAUUUGUGACUUAGGUUUUCUUAUGUAAAAGGGUUGUCGCUUACUGCAAUAUGGAAUCAAGCAAUAAGUAAUCCAAAAACAAUACCAUAAGAUGGUUUUGUGCAAUGAUGCGGGUUUCCAUCGUAAUAUAAAGGAAAUCAGUUAGCAAAUCACAAAAAAAGAAACGGUUUCCUGCUGGCUAAAUUUUCAAAUUACCUCCCUUUUAUAUAAAAGAUGGUGAUUUGUAAUAAGUUGGAUAGUUUAUUUUUCAAAAACUAUUUAGAUAUGUGUUGACAUUAUUUUAUCAAAAAGUACAAAACUUAUAAGCGUUAGAGAUUUUGAUAUUUCCAAUGGCUUUUACAAUUUAACGUCUGAAAAUGAUGCAGUCUGUUGAAAAGGCAAUUAAAAGUAUCCGUCGUUUUGUUAAGCACCUGAGUAUUUUGGUGGCUAAAUUUGAAUCUCGUUCAAUUCCUCAAUGUUCGAUAACAUCCGCUUGUGCAUAAGAAUACUAGAUAUGUCUAUGAAUGAAAUUUGUUUAAUAGUGUACGAGUUAUAUUUUUGAGGGAGAAUUAUUUUAAAGUAUACACCUCUGUUAUGGGUUGCCGUUUUGCAUCGAACUUUAAAAAGGCUGGGUCACCAUCCGUAUGUUGGAAAUGACAGUGGAAUGUCUUUAACAUCUGGAACGUCUGAUAAGAUGUAUUUAAUCUUGUAAAUGUGGGGUGACCAGAGAGAAAACUUUAGAGGUCCGAGCAAAAAGGUACCAAACUCCAUUUUUGGUCAAAAUGGAGUUAGGACAGAACAUUCACCACCAGAGAGAAAACUUAAGGGGUCCGUGCAAAAAAAGGUACCGAUUUUGGUCAAAAUGGAGUUAGGACAGAACUUUUCCCGCCGGAUUAACCUCCCUCAGCGGCGUAUUCUUCUGUUUAAGAAUAGAAAGUGGUAUUUCAGGUAUGUAACAUUGGGUCGUACUCCACAAUAAGUUGAUAUCAAAGAGUUCAGAGCUUUGAUGGCUGUUACGGAAGUUAAUUGACUGAACAGCAAACAGUGCAGACCAUAAUCAGCCUGCUCGGAUGUGCAAGCUGAUCUUGGUCUGCACUAGUCGCAAGGGCAAAACCACUUCCCGCCAGCAGGCUAAAGGUUAAGCAGAUUGCAAUUAUUUUGACUGAAUGCGUCUAACAUGCUAAGGUUUCCAGACGAUCUUCUUGUAAAUUUUAUUCUUUUUCUGCUUAUGUAACAGAAAUGUACACCUGUCUUUUUACGAACAUUAUAGAAAUACUUGUUCUUUUAAAAGCAAGUUUGUUAUAAAUACAAUGCAACGUGUUAAACGUUUGUUUUUUUUAAAUGUCACUCAUAUAUGUAUCGUAUAAAUGAAAUGUUUUAUGUGCUUUUUAAGAAAGAUAUCUAUGUUAAUCAGAAUUAAAUAGCUUAUCAUUACA